AUGGAAAUGACAAAUUCAGUAGAUUGGUGUUCUGUUGACUAUUUGGAGCAAGUGCAAGCCAUCAUACUAAUUGACCGAUGCAAGACGCGGUGCAGCUAUCCUUUGCGGGUUGUUGACAGAGAUUCUUCCCUGGCAACGUCUUUCUUUCGUCUCUACCUCUCUUCAGAGGAGUGGUCGCUGGGCCAAUCCACACUGCUAGGCAAUAAUCUUCCAAACUUUCUAUUCACUACUAAAUACGAACUGCGGACUGCAAGAGGGAGAUUGAAUCUGGAGGAUGGGCACCCAACGCCACCAUUAGGGCCAUCGAACCAUCAAGGCGAUUCCCCAAGCCCAGUGCGCAGAGGAACCGGGGCCUUGGUGCGGAGAGAGAGGGGUACACCUGUUUGGAUUCGAGGCCGUGGCGCCAGAGGCUCGAACCGGCCGCAACACCAAAUCGCCGGACCGUUUGAUAACAGAGGCGGUCCCCAUGCUACGACCCGAAAGAAGGAUGAUAAUUUUGCCAAAAUCACCCGGUACCUCACUGCUAAAGAAAUACGCAAUGAUCUUAACGAAAAGCGCCAGUUGAUGAUUGAGCAGUACAGGCAGAAGCCUGAUCCCUCAAUCAAAUUUCGAGAAACGGCACGUAUAAUGCUAUUCCUAUGGCCAGAAGAUGAACUUCCACUGGAGAUGACCCUUGGCAAAAGCUUGGAAGCCUUGGAUCCCAUUCGUGCAGAUUUCGGCUAUUAUAUUUAUUUGUAUGAUGAUUCUCCAGACCACCAGAAAUACAUUCGAGUCGAUGGUGAUGACCACGGAAAGAUUAUCGAGAUUGUGAAGCAGCUCCGAGCAAAGUGUGCCAAUCUCCUCGCUGAAGCGGGUGUGAAGACGAAAUUAUAUCUUGUCCAGGCCCCUCCCGUGGGUAUCUUGAAAGCGGAAAUAGGCUUAAUGAAAUGCCGCCAACCUGGCAGCCCGAAUAUACAAGCGGCCCCUUUUCUUUGUGGAGUAGAAUUGCUGGACGACGCUGGGAUUGAAAGGAAAAAUCUGCUUUGUGAGAAAAAUGAGCAACGUAUGCAUAGCGCCGUUGACCAGUCUCUUCACGGCGUUCGGUUUCUUGCGGGCCAUGUCCGGAUGCGUGUAAAUUUCGGGAAAUUUGUUCUUGAGAAUUACCGGAUUCCCCCCAACUCGAAAGAGCGGUAUUCUUUUGAGGAAUUUCGAAGCAUGCUUUUGUAUGCCGGCACGAAAGGUCGCCUAAUUCCCGGACUCUGCUUCAACCGUGCUGAAGGUGACCUGAUAACUCGAUGCUCACAGGCGUCAGAUCUUCUCGCACCAUUUGACCCGCAAAUAGAAUCAUUGGAAAACAAUAUACCUCUCUAUGCAGUAAAUAUCGAAUUCGAAGGAGCUAAUGGUGCAUUGCUUCGCCUGGAAGUUGAAUUUAAAUCAUCCCGUUAUCGACCAGACCUUUUUGAGGUAUCACAUCGUCGUUGGUUAAAGCCUCAAAGUGACAAUGGACUCGAAGAAAAGCGACCGCCACUUCAAAUUGGGAUUAUCGACUUCGAAAGGUCUGAUUGGCAGCUGGAAAUCAAAGCAUUGGAUUUCCAGGAACAAUCUAACAUUGAGCAUUCCCUUAAAAGCUUUGACCAUUCAAUCCAAUUCACGAGAGGCCGUACUGAUGGACUUCGUGGCGCCGCAACGCAGCGCGUGUCAUUUUCUAACAUUGCUCCCGUUUCUCAAAUCACAGAGAAGUCGGCCCUUAGAUAUUGUCUUAAAGGUACUAAAUACAUCUUUGAGCUUGCACGCUACGAUACAUAUCAUCGUGCUGCACGUUCAGGCCGCCAAUACACUGACGACUGCAGCCAAAUGAGUAAAACGGCGGAAACAACGUGGGGCGCCUCAAUUUUCUACCAGGAAUGGGACAAUAUGCUGGGCCAGAACGGUAGCUUCAGAGUUGGGGAAACCGCCGACUGGAGUGCCAGCCUUAAUACUUUUUUUCCUUGUUUGUCUGACGAAGACUCAGCGGAUGAAAAUGCUGGCUUUCAUCAAUUUACCGGCUUGGUCAACAAGGUUGCGAAGCUUUUGGCACCUGAGAAGAAUAGUACCGUCGUUGAAAGGGUUGAAACUAAUCCUUGUGGAAAUAUCAAGCGGAUAGAACCGCGGAACGUGCCGAAGAAGUCCUGGGCCCAAGUCGCUGGUUCGGGCCACAUUUAAUUCCCGUCAUUUUUCCAGGUGGAAUGCAUGCAGCCAUCGAUUGUUGUUAAUGACAAAAGCUGCUCCUAAAAAAUAUCACUCAAACGGCUCCUCUGUUUCGAUGGUUAAUAUUUUGAUUCCUCCUCCAUUCAUCCAAUGAUCUUGCUUUGAUUUGCUGUCCAUUUCCCCCCCACCCCUUCAUAAAGUCAUGAAUUGCCCACUACCCAGAAGUGAACUGCGCAGAAUCAAAUCUUGUUCGUUAAUUCC